AUGUGCGCUAGUGUUAGUGCUCCUGUCUUAUCAUUACGAUCAGGGUUUAAGUUGUGUGCAGAGGACAGUGCCGUAGAUUAUUUUUAUCCGCGCCACCUCGUACCUAAAUCCUGCUCCAAAUUGUUUUUUCAACUCAUCAUUCCGUCAACGAGUUUUCCGAUGAAUGACAUAAAGUUCUUGACACCUGUUGCAAAAAAAUCUCCAUGAGAUUAUUCAAAAAUAACGUAAAUUGCAGUGAAUUAAUUAAGAAGAUAUUUUACUUAAGGAUACGAUCCUGACUGUGACGCACAACCGACGACGACACGUUUCACCCAAGUAUCCGAGAGAGCCCGCAGAUCCCCGGGGUAAGUGGGCGAGGGAGAUGACGAGAGAGGAAAGUAAACCUGGUGGGGAGUAAAUAUCAACUAUGGCUGGCGCUGAAAGCCGUGUUGGAGUUGGAGUGAGCCAGAGCCAGCCUACACGACUACGAAAGAAAUGUAGCAGCGAGCAACAGCUCCAGAGAGUGCCAGAGAGCUUCCUUCAGUACCAACUUUGACGGCUAAGCGCGCAAGUCGUGUGCAGGUUAUCCACGCGCUAACACACAUCUGAUUACUAUUUUUUAAAUUAUUUACUCACAAGUUACGUGUUUACUUUUUAUUUAAAUCGCUCUGUUUAAAAAUACGCGGUUUUAUUUUUUUUUAAAUCACCAGUAAUAAUAAUAAAAAUAAUAAUAAUAUUAAUAUUGAUAUUAGCAACAAGUAUAAGUACAAGUACAAGUACAGUGUGUAUUAAAUACAGAAAGUGAGAAAGGCUUACUACAGCCGCACUUAAAUAUUAACACAGUGCGUCACUUACACACACACACACACACACACACACACACUCACAAAAUACCACACAAGCACUAGCUCGAUUUUUCUCUUUUCUCGCCGCUUCCUUUUAUUCUUUUUGUGAGAGCUGCAGCAGCAGCAUCAGCGGCUUACCGAGCUCUGAUUCUCCAAAAAACAAAUCAAGUGAAUUUAAAUAAAAUUUAAAAAAACGCGGGUAAAUUCAAAACCCGUGAAUCAAACCAACGAGUGUGCAAGUGUGUGAAAAAAUAUAAACAAGUGAAAAUAAGUGAAUUACAAGUGUAAUUUAAAAAAUAUAUAAUUUCCAGAUAAAAAAGAAAAAUUUUUACUGCUCGUGCAGUCCAAUUAUUAUAUCAAAAGCGGUCGAUGUGGAGGUUUGAAAAAUACCAGCGACCACGACGAUUAAAAUUGGAUACCAAGAACACGAGUGUGUGCGGACACGUGGUGUACUAUCGCCGAUACGUGAUAGUAUAGAGGGUGAAAAUACAGUUAAUAAUUUAAAAGUGAAAAUUCGUGGGAGCGAGCAGCAGAUGCAUGACAGAUCAUGGUCUCUGAGACAGAACCUACAGGGAUCCUAGCGGGACGCCCUAUUGGUGCUAGUGCUAGUGCUAGUACUUGUAAUAAUAAUUCUAAUAGUAAUAAUAAUCAUAAUAAUAAUAAUAAUUACAAUAACCAACCAGGAAAUUCGCAUCCGCAAAAUGACAUUAGGAAAGAUAAUAAUGCCAAUAAAAGAUCCCUCGAGUCAUACGACCUCGACGAGAGGCAUAUGUCCAAUAUUUACAUCAGGCCGAGCUGGACAGAUGCUGCCAUUGCCCUGGAUCAAGUCGAAAAGGGCAAGGCAGGCGGUCAGAGGUCAUCACUGUGGUUCCGAGCGAAGUUUCAAGAGCAUUUGGGUGAAAUAGCAGACUUUCUCCAGAGAAACGCUGGCAAGGUACUCUUUGUUUCUAUCCUUAUCCUUGGGACCUUCAGCAUUGCUCUAAAAUCCGUGAAAACCCGAAACAAAGUGGAAUAUUUGUGGGUCGAAGAAGGCGGAACUCUUGAAGAAGAGCUUAACUACGCGGCAGAAUGGCUCGGAGAGUCGACCCUGCAGUCGCAUCAGCUGAUCAUUUCGAUGCCAAAAAAUACCGGCGCAAAUGUAUUGAAUCCGCAAGCAUUAAAGGAACAUUUAGAUAUUAUUUCAGAGGCCAUGCAAGUCACCGUCGAGCUCUUUGAAACAACGUGGAGUCUCAGAGAUAUAUGCGUUAGAAUGACGAUACCGGACUUCGAAACUUUUAACGCCGAGCAGAUUUUUGAAAAAAUUAUCCCGUGUAACGUCAUGUCCCCGCUCGAGUGCUUUUGGGAAGGAAAUAAACUCAUGGGUCCAGAACCUUAUGUUAAAAUUCCAUAUCUUCCAGACCACAGUCAUAGUUGGGCGAAACUGGAUCCUUUGAAAAUAGUUGAGUACAUAAAAAAUACAAAUGAAUCGAUGAUAUCCCAGUUUCCGUUUCACAUACUUGAAGAGUACAUGGAAAGGACCGGAAUAACGCAUGGGUUUCAAAGAAAACCGUGCCUAGAGCCGAUGAAUCCUCACUGCCCUGAAACGGCGCCUAAUAAAAACUCACGACGACCACCAGACGUAGGGGGAGAAUUAACUGGUGGCUGUCAUGGGUUCGCGACUAAAUUUAUGCACUGGCCUGAGGGCUUGUUGAUUGGCGGUGCUAAACGCAACAGAACUGGACACUUGACCUACGCUGCUGCAUUGCAAACUGUUAUACAGUUACUGUCUGAGCAUGAGCUCUAUGAUUCAUUCGCCGAAGACUACAGGACUCAUCACAUCGCAUGGUCUCCAGAGAAAGCUUCCCAAGUGCUGGAAUCGUGGCAACGUAAUUUUGUAAAUAAAGUUAAACAAUUACAGCAGCAGUCUCGUUACCACAACAAUGAAUCUCUUUUGCAAUAUGACUCAUAUGCAUUCAGUACCAUCACAAUGAAUGACAUAAUUGGUAAACACAGCACGAUGUCAUUAAAAAACAUCGGCAUUGGAUGCGGGCUCGUGAUUUCUUACACAUGUAUUGUACUCUUCCGUUGGCGAAAUCCAAUGUUCUCCCAAGCGGGGAUGGGAAUUGCUGCUGUGAUACUUGUAUGUGCAACAAUAGUAGCCGGACUUGGGUUCUGCGCUCUUCUAGGAGUGCCUUUCAACGUAAUUACCACUCAAGUAUUACCCUUUCUCCUGGUGGGUCUUGGUUGUCAUGACACUUUUCUAAUAACCCAUGCAGAUGCAAGUGACUCGUGUAAUGUAUUAGUAGAAUGCAGCGAAGAAUCAAGACCACUAGCAAUACCGUGUGGCACAGUACUAAUGAGUGAUUCUGAUCGUACAAAUAUGAUUGCCAAGCGAAUUGGACUCUCAGUAUUACUAAAAGGAAUGUGCACAGCAUCGGGAUUAGGAUCUGCGACGAUACUCCCCAUUCCUGCUUUAAGAUCAUUUUCGUUAAAAGCGGCAAUUCUUUCAAUACUUAUUACUUGUGCGUUGGUCGUCGUGUUUCCGGCAAUGCUGAGUCUCGAUCUGCGUAGAAGAAAAAACGGCAGAAUGGAUCUACUGUGCUGCUGUUUUUUGACAUCAACGACCGCUGCACAUAUCAAUAGAAGGGGAACUCCCAUGAUAUUAGAUAGUAGGGCAGUUAAUAUUAGAAAUGUGACGGCAAAUAAUAGAAGAAUGCAUCGUGCUGACUGUAAGUUUGCCGAACAGAAUGAAUUGUGCAUUGAAAAUGGUGAAGGUGACAGCAAUAAUGCUAACAGAAACAAUCGCAAAGACGGUGCAGAUGCAAAGGAACAGGAUGAUGAACCAAUUUUACAGCACCAGCACUACUGUCACCAUCAUCAGUAUGGCGACAGAAUAGUUUGCUGCAGAAACCCGCAAAAAGACUGUCUGUCAGAGAGAUUCACAUUUAGAAGAUUUGCUUACUUUUAUUACGGUCCAUUUAUCACUCGGCCUCUUACUAAAAUACUUGGUAUGAUACUAUUUGCUAUUAUUCUUAUCGGCAGUGUACUGCAGGGAAUAAAUAUUGAAGAUGGAUUGGAAUUGGGUGAUUUGGUACCGCAACAAUCAAAGGAACACAUUUUCCUCGAGGCUCAAUCAAAACAUUACGGUUUCUACAACAUGUUUGCGGUAACUAAGAGUGACUUUAAUUAUCCAAAUAACCAAAAACUUUUGUACGACUAUCACUAUGCAUUCACUCGCAUAAAAAAUGUUGUCAAGACAGACGACGGUAAAUUACCUCAGUUCUGGCUGAGUCUGUUUCGGGAUUGGCUCAAAGGAUUACAGGUGGCAUUUGACAGAGACUACAAAGACGGAUGUAUAACACAAGAAGGAUGGCAUAAAAAUGCCAGUGAUCAUGGAAUACUUGCUUACAAAUUGCUUGUACAAACAGGCCAAGUUGAUAAUCCGGUUGAAAAGCAAUUGGUAACUCAGGUACGACUCGUUGACGCGGAUGGUAUAAUUAAUCCACGUGCUUUUUAUAAUUAUUUGAGCGCGUGGUAUACAAAUGACGCAUUGACAUACGGUGCGUCUCAGGCAAGCUUACGACCUAAACCGACAGAAUGGGUUUUUCUUAAAGACGCAGAUCUGAUAAUAAAAAAAAGUCCAGCAAUCGCUUACGCGCAAAUGCCAUUCUAUCUUCAUCGGCUUAAUUCAACGUCAGAGAUAACUGAGUUGAUAAGAAAUGUUCGCCAGUUGUGCAACAAGUUUGGAGAACUUGGUUUACCUAAUUUUCCAUAUGGUAUUCCCUUUAUUUUCUGGGAACAGUACAUGAAUUUACGUCAGUGGUUAAUGGUAGCGCUUGCUACCGCUAUAGGUUCCAAUGUUUUAAUUAACGGGGUUCUUUUGUUGAAUGUAUGGGCCGCACUGUUAGUCGGAAUAUCACAGGCAGGAAUUGUUUUACAAUUAUUUGGAGUGAUGGGGCUAAUUGGCAUGAAACUGAAUGCAAUAUCAGCGGUAUUACUUGUCAUAAGUGUUGGUAUAUCAGUCCACUUUACUGCUGACAUCUGUUUGAGUUUUGUGACUUGCGUUGGAAGCAGCAGAGACCGACGAGUACAAUUAGCAUUAGAACACAUGCUCGGUCCGGUAAUUCAUGGUGCUGUAGUUACAUUUUUACCGAUCUUAAUGCUCGCGUACUCGGACUUUGAAUUUAUAGUGCGGUACUUUUUCCCCGUGCUAUCUUCUCUCAUUGGCAUCGGUGUUGUAAACGGUGUGUUCUUCUUCCCGAUUCUCUUGUCACUGAUCGGACCUUCCUCGGAAAUAACACCGCCAAAAGCACAUCCAGAUCGCAUUGCAACACCAACUCCGCCCGCUUCGCCAGAAGUAACACGACGCAAAAGACACCACUACCGAGUUCCAAUUCCACCAGAAGGACCACCACGAAGGCCGCAUAAAAUUGACAAUAACUCCUCGAGACACUUACACCAAUUACACGCUGAGCCCUCGCUUACCACCAUCACCGAGGAGCCCAAUUCUUGGCAUAGUACUCAAGAGUCUUGUAUUAUUGUCCAGCCGGAAGUCAAAGUAGAGACGACAUCAACAUGCAGCAAUCAGAAUUGCAACGGUGGAGGCGGAAAUGGUGGAGUGUCUGAUAACAAUCAAACAUCACCAGUACUUACAUCAACUCCUCAUAUAAUAACAACAACAAAAGUAACUGCUACAGCAAAUAUCAAAGUUCAAGUCCAUACUCCAAUGAGCGGUGGAAUGGUAGACCGCAGCGACAAAUGUCGUCAUUCAUCUUCACCGCCAUCAGGAUCAAGCUCACAAAAAAAAUCCUGUUGCAACAGUAGCAGUAGUACUAAUAGUACUAACAGUAGUAAAAGCAGUAACUGUAGAAUUACUAAUAUCAAUGAAAAAGUAUAUAAUACUAAUCAUUGUAACAAUUAAACUACCACUUUGCUUGCAACAAGCAUUUUAUACAACAAAAACAACAAAAAUAAGUAAUUAUAGAUAAAUAUAAAUAUUAAUAACGAAAAAAAGAUAAAGAUAAAAUAUUUUUAAUAAUAAUACAGUAGCUGAUAUACGAGCAAUAAUUAAUAUCACGCGAGCUCAGCACUUAGUGCGGUAUUAAUUAAUAAAAACGUGAUAUUAAUUAUUGCUUUGAUAUUGCGUUUGUAGCGGCGGCGAUAAUCCACACAAGGCUGACUAGAAUUUAUUAUUAAAUAAUAGAGAAAUGUGUAUUAUAUAGCAUGUAUUUUUUAAUUGAUUAAUUAACUGAUAAACUAUUUUAUUAUUACUAUUAUUAUAAUUAUUUUAAUUACUACUGAUAAUAUGUAUUUGGUAAUUGUGCAUAAGUCUCUUAUUAUUAAUUAUAAUUUGUACAUAAGAAUGAUUAUUUUACAAAUGAAUGGAACGAAAACGUCAUGAAUGAACGUAACAUUAAUAAGAGUUGUGUAAUUUUGUUACCAAUACAAUUGCGUGGAAGCGACUAUAUUAGUCUUACAUUCGGUUAAUAAGUUCUGGGUGUGAGGCAUCCAAAUUGUCGAUUACUUUUUAAUCAAUUAUAUGUAUGAGGAACAUUAUUUUAUGCUCAUAUCAAGUGUGCAUGUGUGCGAUUCAUCAGUAAUAUAUUAUAUUAUACUAUCGUAAUAAUAUUAUUAUUAUUAUUACUAUUAUUUUAUUAUUAAAAUAAUUGAUAUGUAUAAUUCGUAAACGAAAAACAAAUUAUUUAUUAUUUAUUUUUAAAUAUUUUCCUCAAUAUAUGAAUUGUACGAUUCGUGAUAAUUUGUAUAAAAAAUAAAAA